AUGGCUGGAGCUACCAAGGUUAUUGGGAGACCAAUGCUUAACCAGGAACUCAUGGGCGAGAGAUUCAAAAAGGACAAGCAGUAUUUCCGCAUCCGAACUGUGUUCACGCCGAAUCUGAAGAGCAAGUUCUACGCGCCGGAUGAAGGUACCAAACAGGUGGACCCUGCGUUCAUUGCCAUGAUCGAAGAAGGGAGCCGCAAGGGCCCCAAGGACAAGUGGGAUGCGCCGCAGACCGGAAAUCAGUGCUACGGGUGGCACCUGCAGCGACUGGUGGACACGGACCCCAACGACCGUCGGCUGCGCUUCCCACGCUGCUCCACUGAGGUCUCCCGCUGGGGUGCUGUACUGCUGCGCUUCAAAAACAUGCUGCGAUAG